CUUAAGUUCCUCCCUCGGAGGCCAGCCAGAGUGACAGUAUGGCCGGCCGCGCGGCGCGGCUGGUGCUACUAGCCGGAGCAGCCGCGCUAGCAAGCGGCUCUCAGGGCGACCGCGAGCCGGUGUACCGCGACUGCGUGCUUCGGUGCGAGGAGCGGAACUGCUCGGGGGGCGCACUGAGGCACUUCCGCUCCCGCCAGCCAAUCUACAUGAUUCUGGCAGGCCCUCUUGGCCUGCAUUUGUGCUUGGACUCCAUUCACACCUCCUCUACACCUCCCUGGGCUGCAGAGUACACAAACCAAAUUUGUCUGUUUCAGGUUGGACUUGUCAUGACGACUUGGCCUUUCUCCCGGUUCCUGUUCUUCCAAGAGCCAGCUUCUGCCCUGGCCUCUUUCCUCAAUGGCUUGGCCAGUCUGAUGAUGCUCUACCGCUACCGCACUUCCGUGCCAGCCUCCUCUCCUAUGUACCACACCUGUGUGGCCUUCGCCUGGGUGUCCCUCAAUGCUUGGUUCUGGUCCACAGUCUUCCACACCAGGGACACCGACCUCACAGAGAAAAUGGACUACUUCUGUGCCUCCACUGUCAUCCUCCACUCAGUCUACUUGUGCUGCGUCAGGACCGUGGGGUUGCAGUACCCAGCCGUGGCCAGAGCCUUCCGGGCCUUCCUGCUGCUGCUGCUGACCACACAUGUCUCCUACUUGAGCCUCGUGCACUUUGACUAUGGCUACAACCUGGCGGCUAACGUGGCUUUCGGUCUGGUGAAUGUGGUGUGGUGGCUGACCUGGUGCCUGCGGAACCACCGGAGGCUGCCGCAUGUGCGCAAGUGCGUGGUGGUGGUCUUGCUGCUGCAGGGGCUGUCCCUGCUGGAGCUGCUCGACUUCCCACCCUUCUUCUGGGUCCUGGACGCCCAUGCCAUCUGGCAUAUCAGCACCAUUCCUGUUCACAUCCUCUUUUUCAGCUUCCUGGAAGACGACAGCCUGUACCUGCUGAAGGAAUCAGAAGCCAAGUUCAAGCUGGCCUGAAGACACUUGGAGUCGUCUGGUCCUUUCCUACUGGCUUCUCCUUCCCCCUCCCACCUUCAGAUGAUUUGUUUUCUCCUUUUAGUUUCUUGAACUUGGACAUGAGGAGUGUGGGCCCAGAAUCAUGUAGCUGCCCACCCUUUGCUGGCCCUCACAGGGCUUGGAGCCUGCCCUAGGGAUGGCCUCACACCUAUCAUCUGGGGUCACAGAAUGGGCAGCCCCUCUGGUUCCUGAAGCUGAACUGGGGUAGAACUGUGUUCUGAGUUCCACUGAGAGGAAGGCCCUUAGGGAUCCAGCGGGGUCCCUUCUAUUAUUGGCACCCUGCUUUGGGGCACCACUAGGUGGUGCUAGAGGCCUGCUCUUUGGCUACCCGGUUUUAAGGCCAGUCUUAAGUUCCAGGAGGGAUGCAGAGGGACUAACCUGCUGGGAUUGGGACUGGGGAGGGGUUUCACCCUGACUUUUGCCCCAGCCAGGCUCCCAGGAGACCUCACCACACAUCACUCUGAGCCAGGACACCAGAGGGCCCAGGACAAGAAUCUGAUGCUGUUCUGGUUGGGAGCUUAUGUGUGAAUGUAUAGGAGAGCAUGGGCAGGCCAAGUACAGAGGUGACUGGGUAGCGAGCCCGUGGCUCUGCGUGUGUGUAAGAGACAGCAUGCCUGUGCACAAGCUACUGCACUCGGGCCUGAGUGUGUAGUAUAGAGUGUUUGUGCCUGUUCAAGGGCAGCUAGGUAUGUGUGGGUUUGGGGAAUAUGCAUAGAUUGAGUGUGAGUGUGCUUGUGGGUGUUUCUGGGAUGGGUGUAAAUGCAAGUGAACGUGCCAUGCAGUGCUGGAAAUUGGGAACAGGAUGGGAAUAAAGUCACCAUCACCAAUCACCAGCUCUGCCCAAGGCCUCAGCCAGGAUGUGUACACGCUCUGAGUGGAGUCUGGGGGUCCAGGCUGUAUGCCUGCCUGUCCAGUGCCCCCUUUGCCAUUCCCCUCCAAACCCCACAGGGCCCCCUCAUAAUUUAAGAUCAGUACUAGCUCCUGGGGGCAGAGUGAAGAAGGAAAAUGGGGAUCCUGGGCCUUCUUCAGUCUCCCUGUCUCCUCACCUAGCACGUUUGGCCUUUCCUCCCCGGUUUCCUGCUCUAGCCCCUUUGCCACAGCCUGGACUUUGGUGUGUGUCUGUGUGUGUGUGGGGGGUGUUGCACUGUGAAUUCUAGGGACAAGGGAAGAGAACUGUGGCCGAGUCUGGUUUCUGCCAUCCCCAGAGGCACUCACUAUUCCAGGGUGACCCCAGGGAAGGCAGGAACCACACUAUGCUUGUGUCCUUAUAAAGGUGACCCCUAGCAACUGCCAGCAGCCCUGGCACUCCCUUGCCCCACAAGAAUAGGGUAUGUGGCUUCAGAAACUUUCCAUCCUGAAGGCAGUCUGCAAUUGAAGCCAGAAUACUGUUGUUUUGCUCUAUCUCUGCUCCCUAGCAUAGGGAGCUAUGCUGAGACUCUAAUCUCAGAAACUUAGGUGGCCCAUGUGAGGUUCUUUUGAUACUAAAAACUAUUUGAAGGCAGGAUGGUAGUGAGGAUGAUGCUUAAUAAACCAGUUCCCCUCACCC